AUGUCGGCAAUCCAGGACGAUAUAAGUGGCUCGCUAAAAACGGUGGUAGCGGAGAAGCUUAAGACACUUCAGAACUUCAGCGAAGAUGUGAACUACGUCGCCGAGUAUAUUGUGCUUUUGCUAUCAAACGGCGGCACGCACGACUCGGUUCUGCAAGAGUUGGUCGGCCUCUUCGAUUCCGUUCCACAGCAGGCGUUGGCCGACGUCGUGCAGACCUCGUUCCAGGCGCUUCAGCUGCUGCGUUCUGGAGACAACAUUGAGACUGUAUACCAGAAGCUGACGAACCCGGGGAUGAUGGCGCCAGAACCACCCGCGGAAGCGAUGUCUGUAUCUGCCCCAUCAGAACCGAGCGUAUCGACGGAGGCUACCAGCAUGCCUCGAUCCGCUUUUGAGGGUAUGGUAGAUCUUUCAGCGUCGAAGUACGCUACCAAGAACCCAACCUCAUCGCGUGGCGGGCUCAAGCGUGGCGGGAAACAGGGUGGCAUCAACAAAUCCGCGAGCGGUCCACGGAAGGGCAACCAGCAGACGGGUGGGAAGCAUCGUAUGAAUGCCUUGGCGCGUGCGCUCGGGAUGGAGGGCGAGGAUGCUGCCAAUAAUGCGCAGGUGAACAUCAUACCGAAGAAGGAAGGGCGCUGUCAGCUCUUCCCUCGUUGCCCGUUGGGGAAGUUCUGUCCCCACGCUCACCCUACGAAAGUGUGCCGCGACUACCCCAACUGUCCAAACGCCCCAGGCACCUGUGAAUACCUCCACCCUAACGAAGAUGUCGAGUUGAUGAAAGAGAUCGAAAAGACGAGGGAAGAGUUCCGCGAGAAGCGGAUAGCGCUAGCACAGAGUCGCGCCAAGCCCAUCCAGACGGGUAUUGUGCUCUGUAAGUUCGGAAUCAUGUGUUCCAAUCCUAUGUGCCCAUUCGGCCACCCGACGCCUGCCAACGAGGACGCCAAGGUGAUACAGUUCAUAUGGUGUCCUCAGAACCUAACCUGUGACAAGAAGGACUGCGACAAGGCGCACUCUUCCUUGUCCAAGAUACGAGAUGUUCAGCCUAUUGCUGCUGCGCCACGUCCUUCCAAGCCGGCUGCGUUUGCACCAGCCGAGCGCUCGCUCGAGCAGUGUAAGUUCGGCGUCAAGUGCACGAACAAACGGUGUAAGUACCGCCAUGCGCGUUCACACAUUAUGUGCCGCGAGGGCGCUGCGUGCACGCGCAUAGAUUGCUUUUUCGGCCACCCCAUCAACGAGCCCUGCAAAUUCGGCGCCGAAUGUCGCAACGCCCACUGCCUCUUCCAGCACCCACCAGGCCGCUCGCUGCCAGACAAGUCACAGGCUGCUACCGGAGCUCCCUCGUGGCCUGCCCAUGCCGCCGGUGGGAACCAGUCCGCUAACGAAAGACCCUACGCAGUUGCGGAAUCCGCCGGCAUAGAGCAAGCGCCAAUCCAGGAGUCUGACGGAGAUGCUACUAUGGCGUGA